AUGGCUUCUCGCAGCGCCUACGUGCCCGUGUGCCUUGCUCUGCUCUUGCUCGCCAGCCUACGACCGUCCAGCGCUCGGCUGCUCCGAUCGAUGGGGAGCGACGGCGCAAUCGAUGUGGCUAGGGAGGUGAAGGACGCCGUCGUCGACAAGUACGCGCCGCUCCUCCUUGCCAUGCUUCCAAGGGGGCCGGCGCCACCGUCCGCGCCGAGCGGUGGCACCAAUGAUGCCCCUCGGAAUUAA